AUGGACGAGAGUGAAAGAAAGAAAGACACCGGUGCCCUCGGCGAGAUAGUUGCAGUAGGCCUCGCCGAGAGCGGUGUAACUGCAAACAACACGUCCCCGAAGUGCGCCAUCGGCUUAGCUCUCGUUGCGGGGCUUCUAAUCAAUGCAGUAUCAGCCCGAUUCAUAUCGGACAACAUAUGUUUGGCAAUGCCCAACGGUCAGAAGCUGCCGAUUACGGAAGACUGCGGCGCUUACAUCGUGUGUGAGUACAACGUGCAGAAGAUACAGCGCUGUACCGCCGGCACCCUGUUCGAUCCGGUAGCGAUGGUGUGCAAUUGGGCCACCUUCGUGAAGUGUGGACAAACGCCGUCCUUGCCGCCGUCAUUUCUGCCACCGUCCUCGCCGGCGAUCCCAACUGCCCCUACGCCGCCACCUCGAAUACCGUCGACCGUCACUCCAGCCAAUCCUACCUUCUUCCCGAACAUACCCACCGUGCCCACUGCGGCUCCAACGGCACCAGCUGCCAAUCCCGGCCAGCCUCCCUUCGUACCGACCGCUCCGACCGCGCGGCCGACAGCGUCUAGCACCAGUCGCCCAACUACCACACUUCGCACAACGAUGGCCACUCCGCCGCCUUCCAAUCUAAACCCGUACCCUUACUGCACCCCGGACGAGUUCAGUUUCAUCGCGCAUCCGUCAGCCUGCGAGAGCUAUUACAUCUGUGCCUACGGAAACCUGAUUCUGCAUAGCUGCGGUAAUGGCGUCUACUGGAACACGGCCACCAACCAGUGUGACUUCCCACAAAACACCGACUGCACCAAUCUGCCGAAUCCUGCUGCGCCUGAAACCUCGACUCCGUCCAUUGAAACAACGACGGUAUCCAGCACUCCCGAUUGUGUGGGCAGCGAGAUCUUCCAUCCGAACUACGCCGACUGCAGCAAGUAUUUCAUCUGCAUCGGUCUGCACCCGAUCCUGAUGAGCUGUCCGAGCAGUUACCUGUGGAACAGUAAAAUCUCGCAGUGUGAUCUUCCCGCAAGUACGGAGUGUGCCCGAAAGCCCUAA